AUGAGCUACGACUUGAAACAAGAUCUCGUCUUGUUCAAAAAUUAUGUGGGGUUGAUCCCAGAAAUCGUACCCGGUAAGUCAUAUCUAUCUAUUAUAACGUAUAAUCAGAGCACAUCACCAAAUUGGCUAGUCAAUUCUUUAAUCGAAAACGCCUUGAUCGGUACAGCAUCGCUUAUCAACCAAGAAUUGAAACAUGUUCAUCACAAGAGUAAUGUUGUACUAAUUAGUUUUUUGCACAAUGAAAACUUUUAUAUCAAAAACUGCAGAAAGAAUGGACUAGACUUGACCCAAAUCUCAAGCUUCACAUUUGUCGACUAUUUCACACAUUUGUUUCAACAAAAGAUAAAAGAUCCUAAUAAUGCAUCAGAGGAUGUAAAGGGGCUUUUCGAUAUAAAAGUCGAGCCCAACUCAGUAAUUAUCAUUGAUGCACCAGAGACUUUGCUAUACUCAACCAAUAUCAGUAGUAAUGACUUGUUAUCUUGUCUACUCAAAUUGAAUAAAAAAUGCUAUCAAAUGUACAUUACUAGUUGCAAAAACUCGCCACAACUCGUUGAUUACGCAGUUAACGAGAUAAUUAACCCUACUUACAAAAUUACCGAUUUUAUCACAAAGCUACUAUUCAGAUCGCAUUUGAAUAUAACGUUGGAACCUCUUGCUACUGGUAGAGCAAAGGACAUUACAGGAAGCUUAGUGGUGAGUCGAGGUGUAUUACCAUACGACUCGUUGGUCGUGAAUGAAAGAGAAUACGCUUACAAUAUAACAAAAGACUCAAACGUGAAGAUAUUCUUCCGUUAA